AUGAUGACAUCAAGAAGCUUCUGGCUGCCUCUUGUAUUGCUCGGGGUUUUCUGGUCAGUGACAAGGGGAUGGAUGGACGUGGAGAGGAGCAGAAGGCUGCAUUUGGAUGAGGGGAGUUUGCAUCAAGAGGACUCCAGAAGGUUUGAAGUUACUAGAAGAAAAGUGCUUUAUGGGCAGGAUGGUCUCCAUGCCUCGUGUCAGCACAAGUAUUGUGGCCGGGGGAGCAAAUGUGUGGUGAACAAGGACACCAAUCAACCUGAGUGCAGAUGUGUGGAAGAUUGCAAGUCCAGCUACAUGCCUGUGUGUGGAUCUGAUGGCAAAUUUUAUGAAAACCACUGCCAACUGCAUCGAGCCUCCUGUCUGCAGAGGAAGAAAAUCUACAUUAUCCACAGCAAGGACUGUUUCUUCAAAGGUGACACCUGUACCAUGGCAGACUACAGCAGGCUGAAAAGCAUCCUCCUGGACCUUCAGGCUCAUCAGCAGAGCCCACCCACCCACCUGGCUGAGGACAGAGUCUCCCAGAAGCGUUUCUUAGUGGAAGAGAUGUUUAAGCACUUGGAUAUAAACAGUGAUGGGCAUCUCAGCAGCUCAGAACUGGCUCAGAUAAUGAAGGAGGAGGAGCUGGAAGAUGAUUUAUUGGAUUGUACACUGGAAGCCCUGCUCCGGUUUGAUGAUUACAACAACGAUGGGCACCUAACCCUGCAGGAGCUCUACACAGCCUUCCAGGUAGUUCAGCUGAGCCUGCCAGAGGAGCAGAAGAUCAGUGUCACCACCAUCACUGUUGGGCUCAGCACUGUCCUGACGUGUGGCAUCCGCGGGGCUCUGCGGCCUCCGAUCAUCUGGAAACGCAACGGAGUCAUCCUCAACUUCCUUGACCUGGAGGACAUCAAUGAUUUUGGAGAAGACGAUUCCCUCUACAUCACCAAGGUAACAACUAUUCACAUGGGCAAUUACACCUGUCAUGCCUACGGCUACGAAGAGCUGUAUCAGACCCACAUCCUUCAGGUGAAUGUGCCACCCGUGAUCCGGGUCUACCCUGAAACUCAGGCCCAGGAGCCCGGGGUGUCAGCGAGCCUCAAGUGUCACGCCGAAGGCAUCCCUAAUCCCCGAAUUACCUGGCUGAAGAAUGGCAUGGAUAUCCUGCCAAAACUAUCCAAACAAUUAAUGCUCCUAGCAAAUGGAAGUGAACUUCACAUCAGUAGUGUUCGUUAUGAAGACACUGGUGCCUACACCUGCAUUGCUAAAAAUGAGGUGGGAGUGGAUGAGGACAUUUCCUCACUUUUCAUCGAAGACUCGGCGAGAAAAACCCUUGCAAACAUACUGUGGCGAGAGGAAGGCCUGAGUGUUGGGAAUAUGUUCUAUGUCUUUUCUGAUGAUGGGAUCAUAGUCCUGCAGCCAAACGAGUGUGAAAUCCGAAGACACAUCAAGCCUGAAGAGAGGAUUUUCACAAGUUACGAAGAGAUCUGUCCUAAAGUGGAAGGUGAAGACACUCAGUCCUGCCUCUGGGCUUCAGCAGUCAAUGUCAGAGACAAGUACAUUUAUGUGACACAGCCUAAGCAGAACAGAGUCAUGAUAAUUGAUAUCCAGACUCAGAAAGCCAUACAGUCCUUGGAUGUUGACCCAGUACCAACCAAGUUACAUUAUGACAAGUCCCACGACCAAGUCUGGGUGCUCAGCUGGGGUGACAUGCACAAAUCCUCCCCAACCCUGCAGGUGAUCCCAGAGGCCAGCACAGGGGAGGAGCAGCAUGUUAUCCGCACGCCGUUUGAAGGAGUGGAUGAUUUUUUUAUCCCACCUACAAAUCUCAUUAUUAACCACGUUAGGUUUGGCUUCGUCUUCAACAAGUCGCGAGCGGCCGUUCACAAAAUCGACCUGGAAACUGUGACCCACAUCAAGACCAUCAGCUUCAAAAACUCCAGCUGCCUCCCCCAGAGCAUGGCUUACACCCACCUGGGUGGUUACUUCUUUGUCCAGUGUAGGAGGAAUCCCUCACGGGCUGUGUCACCACAGCUCAUUAUAGACAGUGUCACCGAUGCUGUCAUCGGUCCCAACGGCGCCGUCUCGGGCACCCCCUACACCUCCCCGGAUGGACGCUACUUGGUCAGUGCAGAUGAAGCCAGUGGCAGGCUCAGAGUCCAAGCUUUGAGUGUCCGAGGAGAAAUCGAGUUGAUUUAUGACUUAGAGACAAAGAUCCAUGUGUCUGAUCUGACUUUCCAGCCCUCCUUCACCGAAGGCAAUCAGUACUAUGUAUAUGCUACUUCCCACUUGCAAACGGAUUUGCUUUUUGUAGAGCUGUCAACGGGGAAAAUGAAUGUACUGAAGAAUUUCAAGGAGCCCAUCACAUCCAAAGACUGGCCCUGGAGCAGCCACAACAGAAUUAUGAAAGACAGUGGAUUGUUUGGACAGUAUCUGAUUACACCAGCUAAAGAUUCAUUGUUUGUUAUAAACGGGAGGCAAAACUCGUUACGCUGUGAGGUUUCGGGGAUCAGGAGGGGUAACACAGUGGUCUGGGUUGGAGAGGUAUGA